UGCUGGCGCAGGCACGGCACCUGCAUCCGUUCACUGGGCCUUCCCAGCGCUCAUCAGUCACAAGCGACGAGAGCCGCGACUGUACAAAAAGGCCGGUCGCGCCCACCUGUGUGACAUUCGGGGCGAAGAUGGUCGCGGCGCUGAGGUCGGCGGUUCUCCUCGCGGCCCUGCUCGGGGCAUCUGAGGGUCAUCGAGGCUGUUCGGGUUGUUCUUCGGCCGCCGAGCCGUCGCCGUCUGUCCUGGGCAACUACUCCCAGUGGGCCGUUGCCACCGACGCCGCCCCCUGCGCCAAUGUUUCCAGGAGGAUCCGACAGAAGGGCGGCACCCUGGCCGACGCGGCCGUGGCCACGCUCCUCUGCAUGGGGGUGGUGCUCCCUGAGUCCAUGGGCAUCGGAGGGGGAUUCCUUGCCACCGUCGUCAAGCGGUCGAGUGGACUGGAAUUUGCGCUGAACGCCAGAGAAACUGCGCCCGGAGGAGCAUCGAAGGACAUGUUUGUGGACAAUCCAAGUGCGGCAAUGAGCGGUGGCUUGGCCGUGGCGGUCCCAGGGGCGCUCCGAGGAUACAGGGCGCUCUUGGAUACCUUCGGAACAUCACUCGAGUGGUCCGUUCUCUUCGAAGACGCUAUUCGACUCGCCAGGAACGGUUUCCCCCUGGGCUUCUUUCAAGCCGACGCUCUGAAAUCGCUGGAGCAAGACAUCUUUACAAAUGAGAACAUGAGGAAUGUGUACUGGAACACACAUACGAACACAACGUACAAGGAAGGCGAAACGUUGGUUCAGAAGGACCUGGCCGACACUCUGGAAAAUAUCGCCAAGCAAGGAGUAGACUACUUCUACGAGGGAGAGUUCGCUCAAGGAAUGAUAGAGGAAAUCCAGAAACAAAAAGGACUGAUGACGACGGCAGAUCUCAGCUCCUACAAGGUGGUGUGGAACCGGACCAUGACGGCCAGGUUCUCUGGCGGACGCGUGUUGCAUUCGGUGCCGCCCCCAGGCAGUGGGGCAGUGCUCGCCCACAUCCUGGGCAUCAUGGACGGAUACCGAGACAACGCCACUGGGAGGCUGGCGGACGACUCGCUCACCGCGCACAGGUUUGUGGAGUCGUGCAAAUUCGCCUACGCCAAGAGGAGUCAGCUAGGGGACUCGGCCUUCGUCGACGUCACAAAGUUGGUGGACCAAAUGACGUCAAGCGACUACGCGGACAGAACGCGGAAGAAGAUUCGAGAUGACAAGACUUUCGGCCCGUCCUACUACAGCGGUCUGGGCGCCUUCAGGCAGGACCAUGGGACGUCACACCUGUCCCUGCUGGAUGAGAACGGGGACGCCAUCGCUGUCACCGCCACCAUCAACACAUAUUUCGGCAGCCAGGUGGUUUUCCGAGGCGUGGUGUUGAACAAUCAUAUGGACGACUUCUCGAUCCCCGGAGAGAGCAAUGCGUGGGGCCUGUCUUCCUCGGAACCCAACUACAUCCGGCCCGGAAAGCGCCCCAUGUCGUCCACGGCACCCAGCGUCGUUGUCGACCGGAACGGGGACGUGGAGCUCGUCCUCGGAGGCUCCGGGGGUGCCAAGAUCACCUCCGCCGUCGCUUGGGCAAGCAUGCGGUGCCUGUGGCAGGAUCGUACCAUCAAAGACGCCAUCGACUCCCCAAGGAUACACCACCAAUGGCUCCCUAACGAAGUUGACGUCGAACAGAAUUUUUCUGAGGUAACUAUAAAGUACCUCGAGCAAAAGGGACACAAGGUGGUUGUCUCCAGCGGGCCGCUCAGCUUCCUCGGGGGCAUCAAGAGAUGGAACGGCCGAAUCUUCGCCAAUUACGACUUUCGCAGGGGAGGAAGCUCUGACGGCGACUGAUGCAUCCAAUGACCCUCUUCAGGACCCUUCCUGAACAAUCACUGCACGCGCGCCUUCCACUGCACAGGCACCUCUUUUUCAGCCUCUCUUCGCCCGUUCCUUCGUGCCCUGAGAGGUCAUAUGGUUCUGUGGACGGUCUCAGAAUGCAAUUACAUUUCAUGGACGUCCUGCCGUUCACACGAUCAACCGUCUGAUUGGGUGGCUAGAACCUAAAUGACUUAAAUAAAAAAGACAUAUGUUCUACAAAGGGGAAUACGAGAGUACGAGGUUUGAAAUCAUAAAUUUUUCGGUCUGAUUUUGAAGUGAAAUGCGUGUCCAGUAAUGUGAAUACUUCGCGUGAUAUCGUUCAACAUAAUAUACUGAAUUUGGUAGCUAUUCAUGUUCCCAUCAAGAUAGUAAGCGCGAAGCGUAAGCAAAAUAAGCCCUGGAUGAAUUCGGAAAUCGGGCGGUCAAUAAAUACGAAUAAACCUGUUUUCGCACGAUAUUGAAACAUCACGAUUCACUGAUCCCAAACCUGCUUAAUGAUCUUCGGAGAGAUGUAAAUAAAUGCCGAAUCGUAAUAGCUUUUUCUUGAUUAAGGGCUGUCUGUAAGGGCUCUGGAAGUACAAAAAAUCCCAACGUAAGGAUGUGGCUGGCAUCCCCGCUCUUCUGGAUAAUCUCGUCAAAGACGAUAGCCAUAAUUAAAAGGAUAAAUGGCGCGAACAAAACAGGACGAAAAAAGACACACGUACGACACGAACAGGCGCCAAAUUCCAACUGAUGUAAUGAAACACGAAUCAUCGUCAAACUCGAUCCUAAUCGCCUAAACACGUGCAACUGAUAAAGGUUCCUAUCGCUCAUUACACACAGCCCUCAAGAUUAGACAUUAUGUUAUAUAAAAUUAAAGUAGUGGGAUGUGCUAUUUUUGGUGAAAAUAAGACAUUACGCGAUAUGAAAUUGAAUAGCGCGAUGUGUUAUUUUUUGUCAAAAUAAGACAUUAUGCUAUCUCAAAUCGAAGUAGCGUGAUGUGCUAUUUUGGUCAAAAUAAGACAUUACGUUAUCUGAAAUUGAAAUAGCGCGAUGUGCUAUUUAUGGGCAAAAUAAGACAUUACGCUAUUUCAAAUUGAAAUAGCGCGAUGUGCUAUUCUCGGUCAAAAUAAGACAUUACGCUAUUUGAAAUUGCAGUAGCGCGAUGUGCUAUUUUUGGUCAAAAUAGUUCAUUACGCUAUGUAAAAUUGAAGAAGCGGGAUGUGUUAUUUUUGGUCAAAAUAAGACAUUACGCUAUAUAAGGUUGAAGUAUCGCGAUGUGCUAAUUUUUUGUAAAAAUAAUACAUUAUGCAAUAUAAAAUUGAAAUAGCACAAUGUGAUAACUUUGGUCAAAAUAAGACAUUAUGUUAUCUGAAAUUGAAGUAGUGCAAUGUGCUCUUUUUGGUCAAAAUAAGACAUUACGCUAUCUAAAAUUAAAGUAGCGAUGUGCUAUUUUUGGUCAAAAUAAGACAUUAUGCAAUCUGGAAUUAAAGAAGCGCGAUGUGCUAUUUUUGGUCAAAAUAGGACAUUAUGCUACCUAAAACUUAAGUAGCGUGAUGUGCUAUUUUUGGUCAAAAUAAGACAUUACGCUAUCUAAAAUUUAGGUAGCGCGAGGUGCUAUAUUUGGUCAAAAUAAGACCUUACGCUUUAUAAAAUUGAAAUAGUGCGAUGUGCUAUUUUCGUCAAAAUAAGACAUUACGCUAUCUGAUAUUGAAUUAGUGAGAUGUGCUAUUUUUGGUCAAAAUAACACAUUACGCUCUUUGAAAUUGAAGCUGCGCGAUGUGCUAUUUUUGGUCAAAAUAAGACAUUACGCUAUAUAAAACUGAAGGAGCGGGAUGUGCUAUUUUUGGUCAAAAUAAGACAUUACGCCAUCUGAAAUUGAAAUAGCGCGAUGUGCUAUUUUUUGUAAAAAUAAGACAUUAUGCUAUAUAAAACUGAAGUAUCACGAUGUGCUAUUUUUGUCAAAAUAAAACAUUACGCUAUAUUAAA